CGCGUCCUGGAGAACAGCACCCGCUGGCUGCUCAAGCUGGAGAGCUACAUCCAGGCAAGCGUGCGGCCGGAGGCGGCGCAGCUGCAGCGCGCCGCGGCGCACAACCGCACCACCACCAUGCUGGAGAUCGGCAGCAGCCUGCUCAACCACACGGCCCAGCAGACCCGCAAGCUCACCGACGUGGAGGCCCAGGUGCUGAACCAAACGUCACGCAUUGAGCUGCAGCUGCUGGAGACCUCCCUGUCCACCAGCAAGCUGGAGAAGCAGCUGCAGCUGCAGACAAAUGAGAUCCACAAGCUGCAGAACAGGAACAACGUGCUGGAGCUGCGCGUGCUGGAGAUGGAGAGCAAGCAGCAGGCGGAGCUGGCGGGGAUGCGCUCGGACAAGGAGCGGCUGCAGCGGCUGCUGAGCCGGCAGAGCGGCGCCGUGGCCGAGCUGGAGCGGGCGCUGGCGGCGGCGGCCCCGCUGCCCAGGGACGAGCGGCUCUUCCAGGACUGCGCCGAGCUGCGCCGCGCCGGCGUCCGCGCCAGCGGCGUCUACACCCUGCACAUCGCCAACCUCAGCGAGCCCAAGAAGGCGUUCUGCGACAUGGAGACGGAGCGCGGCGGCUGGACCGUGAUCCAGCUGCGUGCCAACGGCAGCGUCAGCUUCCAGCGCACCUGGAAGGAGUACAAGCAGGGCUUCGGCGAGCCCGCGGGYGAGCACUGGCUGGGCAACGAGGCCGUGCACCUGCUGACGAGCCGGGCGCCCUACGCGCUGCGCGUGGAGCUGCUCGACUGGGAGGGCGCCCAGGCGCUCGCGCUCUACGAGCGCUUCCAGCUGGGCAGCGAGCGGCAGCUCUACAGGCUGGCGCUGCAGGGCUACAGCGGCACGGCCGGGCAGCAGAGCGGCAUGGCCCUGCAGGGCACCAACUUCAGCACCCGCGACGCCGACCACGACAACUGCCUGUGCAAGUGCGCCCAGAUGCUCUCGGGAGGCUGGUGGUUCGACGCCUGCGGCCUCUCCAACCUCAACGGCAUCUACUACCCGGCGCGGCACAACAUCCGCAAGCUCAACGGCAUCCGCUGGCACCACUUCCAGGGGCCCAGCUACUCGCUCAAGGGCACCCGCAUGCUCAUCCGGCCCGCGGGCUUCUAG